AUGUCUAUUCCACAGAUCAACUGCAGUGGUACACCCUACGAGAUCGGACACCAACAUGGGGCUCAAGCGGCCGAGUUAGUCCACGGGAGCAUCCAGUUCUACGCAGAAAUGUUCGAUUUGUACACGGGCAAGACUUGGGCUGAGAUCCGACUCAUCGCAGUGCGUUUCGGCGAUAACAUACAAGUCAAAUGGCCCCGGUACUUUGAGGAGAUGCAAGGCAUCGCAGAUGGGGCACAAUGUCAUCUAGCCGACAUACUGGCGUUGAAUACAAGGACUGAGGUUGUGUUUGGUCUGAUGGUUCCCGAGAGAGUGGUCAGUGAUGGCUGUACAAGCUUGUACUGGGCCAGGGAUCAGGACAAGAAAAUGGGCCAGAAUUGGGAUUGGAUGGAAGAGCAAGGGUGUAAUAUUGUCUUGUUGACGAUUCAUCAAACUGGCAUGCCCGUCAUCAAAAUGGUGACGGAGGCUGGCAUCAUUGGAAAGAUUGGGAUGAAUUCGGCAGGCGUCGGAGUUUGCCUGAACGCUGUGAGAUGUAGCGGACAUGACAUUGCAAAGAUACCGAUCCAUCUUGCACUCAGGCUGAGCUUGGAAAGCGAGACGCUGUCGCAGGCCGUGGAUAAUGUGGAGGCCAUUGGCGCAGCCGGUUCGGCUUUCUUGCUCCUUGCCCAGGGUGAUCAGUCCAUGGGGCUCGAGAUGACGAGCACGACGACCAAACGCAUCGGCAGAGACUCGUACGGGCGCAUAAUGCACACGAACCACUUGUUACAGAAGCACGAUCAGGUCGUGGAGUGGCCAGAGGAAGACUCCUUCAGCCGCUAUGAGCGCAUCACCCAAUUGACCGAGGAAUACCACGGCGCCCACUUGACGGGACUUCAAGAGGAAGGCUUUCUCGGUUUCUUCGAUGACCACGAAGGGACCCCGUUUGCAAUCUGCAGACGACAAGAAGGGGACUGUAAAGAUGCAACCCUGUUCAACAUAACCAUGGAUCUGGACAAGAAAACAGCGGUUGUGAGAAGGGGAAAGGUAUGUCAUGUGCAAGAAGAGAUUCGUCUAGACUUUUCGUAG